AUGCCUCCAGCAAAGAAGGCGAAGGCGAUGGCCGGGAAGAAGGACCUUGAUGCCCCAGGCCUCGGCGAUCUUCCGCCGUCGUCGUACGACCCCAACAUCGAACACUUCAAGAUGAUCGAAGCCUCUAUCUCGGAGAUCAAGGCCCAUCCCGUGUUCGGUCCGAACAUCGACUACGUGGACCCCUUGCCCCUGGUUCCUGCCGAUCAGAAUGAUCUAGCAGGGUUCCUGGCGCCGCUGGAUCGCCGGCAGUUGGAGCUGUCGCGCGACAGCGGUUCGGAAUACUUCUGUGGCGUGAACAUUCUAUGGGGCAGUCCUCUAGAAUCCAUCACGCCGGGCGUUCCUAUCAUGACUAAAGCUGUUGCAGACCUCGUCAAGCGUCUGUUGGCCAGGGGGCCCAAGAUUCUGGAGGAUCGUCUGGAAUUUGUGUUUCCUGGCCCUACAGACAGAAGAUGGCGCAGAUGCUCUCCGGAAGAGCAGCAGCAUGCCGUCAUCAUGGCCGUCCACGAGAAAAUCCUCAUGGGUGCACCGGACUCCGAGCUGUUGGAAUGGAAGCGGGUGAUGCUAUCCUGCCCCGCCAACUUUGUGCACCUCGCCACGGAGCAGGAUGUCUACUUCUACACGAUCAACAAGCGCUUCAAAGCCGAGGCCGAUCAGAAGGCCAUCACCCACAAGACGACCCAAAUGAUCUUCGAUGUGUGGAAUUUCAAGGUCAGGAAGGAGGUCUUCACAGGCCCGCUCACUGCCGACGACGUCGCCACGUUGUAUGGCAGGAACUUGAUUCAAGUUAGUCGUCGCUCCAGCGGUGGUGGAGCUAAUCAUGAUGACAAGGACCGCAGCAAGCCUGGAACGAUCAAGGCUUGCCUCCAGGUGUAUGAGCGCAUGCUUGCACACGAGCCCUUGCGCCAGAUCGUUUUGGCCUCCGAACAGGAGUUCCUGGACGACUCUCGUUUUGCGGGCGUCUACAAGCUGCAGGAGAUGUGCAAGUUGUGCAAGGACCACGUGCUCAAGUUGGAGUGGUUGCUGGGCACGAUCUCCGCCCGCUUCACGGCUGGGACGUUGCACGAUUUCAGCAUGCGAAAUCUUGCGACGGCAGGCACGAAGCAGUAUGGCCUGGUGUUCCUGAAGCAGCGUGAGAUGAAGCUUUGGCUACUGGGCCCUUUCCUGGAUAGCAGGAACAUUGUGGCCGACUGCAAGUCCAAGCUGAGGGAGGUCUUCGCCUCCAGAGAUUCCUACAUGAAGCUGUUGCGGCCGCUGGUGCCGGAGGAGGCAGAGAACAUUGACGUGUCCUGGCAAGCAACUUGGCCCAAAUCCGGGCUGCUGGUACUGGAACUUGUGGAGACAGCCUGUUUCAGCGUAGACGCAACGGAUGAGAGCACCAUCCGCCUGGGCAUUAAAAUGCCAAAAGACGCGAUUCUUGAGAUCGACACUUGCCUGAAGGAGGAGCUCAAGGCCAUCAACGAUGCAGGGAAGUCGCAGGACCCCGAUCCCGAGCCGGACCAGGCACAGAAGAUUCCGAACCCGUCCGGAGCAGCCCCGUCCAGAACUUCAGACACGGACGAGGCCAUGGCGGAAGGCACGGAUCCGGAGAGCAAGCGUCUGGCUCACGCCAAGCGGAUCAUGUCCUCCUACCUCGUGCUCGAGUCCGAGGACGACAAGAAAACGUCUGGAGCCCUGGCUGCCGCCCUGAAGAAGCACAAGCUGGUGCAAGUGGACACCGCGAGCAUGAGUGGGAAUCUGAUCAUUGUCAUGGAUGUGAAUGGGUGGGGUGAGGCAAUCACCGCCCCGCACAUUCGCCGACCCCCGAUUCAGCAAAGCAUCCUGAACAAGAUCUUCGAGGCUAUUGGGCUUGCACGUCGCGGAGCUUCGGACUGGAAGACGAUGGCCCCUGGGGAGAUUGUGGUUUGCCUCAACGGUGGGCGCUCGAACAACAGCUUCAUGUCCAAGCUGUUCGGUGUUGGCCCGGGCGUGGGUCGUUCGAAGUCCCGGGGAAGCAACAUCAUGUGGCGCGAGAUCACAACUACCUUUACCCCGGAGUCCGUGCAGAGCCGGCGGGUUCGCACCUCGAGGAAAGCUUUGGCGUCCCUGAAGUGCUCGCAGAAGAUGUUUUGGUGGUUCGAUGCGGCCACGGAUAUCCCGGUGAAGUCCUACAAGCACUGCCAAGGAACCAAUGCCUUCGACCUCAUGGGUCCGUUCAGCCUCGAGAGUUGGAAGAGCCUUCCAUCGAUUCCGUACGGGGAGAAGAAGCUCCUGUGGGGGAAGAGACGAGCUGCGGUAGGCGGCAAAACCGCCACAGGCGAAACGGACGACGAAGGCGCAGCCGUUGACAGAGACGAAAUUGCCGAAGAGACCGGUGCGGUGGAUGAAGAGGAGAUUGAACUCCCAGACGUCGGAAGUGGCCGGGGCAGCAGCAAGACACUGGCUCCCACAGUCCAACAGCCAGUUGUGUAUCAUGAAAUGCCCGUGACGCUUUGGGAGUCCGCGCUGCAGGCCACCAGCGCCGCCCACAUCAUCGACGUGACACCCCAGUCAGGACGGCUGGCUGCUUGGGCAGUGUGCAACCGUCUUGGCUAUGUGGGCAUAGCAUGCACACAGCACCACAUGGAGUACAUCGAGAAGACUGUCAUGAAGGAGGUGCUUGCCGCCUUGUCCAACCCGGGCUCCGGUCUCUAUGCACCUGCGCUGGCUGACAAAAACAUCGAGCAGAAGGCCAAGGAGGAGGCCAAGCGCAAACAGGAGGAAGAGAAGAAGAAGAAGGCGGAGACCGCUGCAGUCAAGAAGCGCAAGGAGAAUGAGAAUCAGAGCGGACAGACUCAGACGGAGACCAAGAAGCCCAAGAAGGACGAGGGCUCCAGUGGCAGUGGGGCAGGCGAGAGCGGCGGCGGGAGCACGAGUGGACUUAGCGCUGCGUUGCAAGCAAUGCUAGACAAGGCGAAGAACAAGGAAGCCAGCGGCUAG